GGCUCGAGGAACUGAAAGAGGAGUAAGUGCAGCUGUUUCUCCAAUGUUUCCAUCGCGGAUCUAUCGCAUAGUGACUUUCACCGUCUUACGAACAAAUUCCGCCAUCUUUCAUCUUUUGAAGGAUUGAAAAGAGAAAAAUGACGGAGGAAUAUGACUACGGAUCAUACAAGGAUCUUACGAACGAAAAGGAGGUCAUGGAUAUCACUACCAAGAUCAAGCACUGCGUGAUUCACUUUUACCACUCGGAUUUCAGACGGUGCAUGAUUAUUGACAGGCAUCUGGAGACACUGGCGAAGAAGCACCUUAAAACCAAGUUCAUGAAGAUCAAAGUGGAGAACGCUCCGUUCCUGGUGGAGAAGCUACAAGUUAAAGUGUUACCCUGUGUCAUUUCAUUCACAGACGGCAUUGCUGUCGAUCGAUUGACUGGGUUCGAGGAGCUUGGAAACACAGAUAAUUUCUCGACAGCCAUGUUGGAAUUGCGGUUUAAGACAGCGGGCCUUAUCGAGGAUGAUAUGAAAAAGGACAGCAGGAAGUUGAAGAAAAAGUCCAUCUUUGGUAGGGACUAUGGUUCUGAUGAAGGAACGGACGACGAAUAAAUUAGUCACCAAAGAAGGAGUUAUCAAUAAAUUGCUGUGAAAUACUUGUCAGCCACUAUUCA